CCUCGUCUUCCUUCCUCUUCGUCCCCGCAUGCAGAGUUUGCUGCGGUGCUGCAGGAAGGGCAAGGAAGGGGGAGAGGGGGGGAUGAUGCUGUCUGUGGCACUCUCUCUUACUCUCUUGCACCCGAUUCAGCACUGCACUGCAAUGCGCACACACUCUCACUCUCACACACUCACUCACUCUCACUCACUCUCCCCCUCGAUCUCUGUAUGUAUGUGGCACUUGUCCUUCUGGAGGAUUGUGGAGGCUUGUUGGUUUUGAGAUUCUGCAGGAGUUGAACCGUUUGUUACUUUUAAUUCCAGGCUCUCUUUUUGGAAGAAUCCCUUUUUUGCGAAUUUCGGGGAAUUUUGAAGUAAUUUUCAAGGGUAGAGGAUUCUGCAUUGAGAUGGCAAUGGUGAAGGACAAUGUUGUUCCUGAGCCUUCGUGGCUGCGGGAAGGGAAGAUGGCAGAGUAUAGAGCAGAGGAAGCGGGGUACGAGGGCUCAUGGUUCGCAGUCAAGAUUGUGAAGCUGUACUAUAAGGUCUCAGGGGGCCGGAAGGUAUGUCAUCAGGCGUACGUGCAGUACCGCGACUUUACGGUGUCAGAUGAACCCGACAGUGAUCCCUUCAUGAGACUGUGGUGAAGGAUCAGCUGCGACCCUUCCCGCCGCAGCUCCUGCGGAAGCGAUUCAAGGUGCGCGACGCUGUCGAGACGUUAUACAACGAUGCUUGGUGGGUGGGUUUCAUCAAGCACCACAACCCCAAGGAAAACACAUACCAGAUUUACUAUGGCGGGGGGCAACCAGAGCUCGAGCUUCCGUUUUUGCACAUUCGAUCUCGCCAAGAAUAUGUUCGGCCCUCGGGACCCGAACUGAAGUGGAGCUGGAGCAUCGUUCGCCCUAUGCAGAACCUGCCACCUUGGGAGCCAAGAGCGAAGAUGAAAGAGGCGCAGAUUCAUCCGAGACUGAAAUUGCCCGCUCAUUGCCUUGUUUACGAUUCCGACGAUUCACAGGACGAGAAGAAAGGGCGGCAGGAAAGGCGUCAACCGACGAAAAGGCGUAGAGUGGAGAGCAAGAGUGCACUUGCAAAGCCUCAAGCUCCUCCGCGGAUACGCGUGAUCAAGUUUCCGAAACCCGAGAUGAAGGUCAUUGCCAUCAAUGCGCCAUCACCAAAGGUGUCAGAGCAAUCCAUGGUCAGCCUCACACCUGGAUCAUCCCCUCCGGCAGACAGCCCUCCCCAGGAUUUCGACUCCUCGCGAGGCUCAGACUCCCAGGUCCAGAAUGCACUUGUGAUUACAGAACUAUCUCCACAACGACGGUCGUCAUCCUCAUCGUCUUCAAGUGGCAGUGGUGGCGACUCUGGCACCAACUCCAGCUCAGAAGACGGUGUCGACGUUGGAGUCGAUGGUGGCCAUUCCAAAGAGGAUGAAUCAAUUCACAAACACAAUCAAGGUGCGGCGGCAUCGACAAAGGACCAACCCGAACUCUCGAUUUUCACAGAUUCAAGUGCUGAUCGAAUCAUUGACGACAGAGCGGCUUACAAGAAACUCUUGGAAAGGUUUCGGGAUAGUUCCAAAGGAGUCCUUGACAAGUGGCGGCACGAGCUAUUGCAAGGCAUCCGGGAGGAGCUCCAAUUGUCUUUGGAGUUCUGUCGUCAGGCCCACUGUGAAGUAUUCGGCGUUUUUGUGUGAGGGUAACGGAACGUGAAUUGAUAACUCCAAUCAGUAUAAGAAGGCUUGCGAAUGAGAUGUGUGUCCUUGAGAGAUUUCGAGCCAACAUCUUCUGUUGUGUACGGUGACUAUAGACGUUGUUGGUUGCUUGUAUAUACGAUGGGUGCAACUCUGUAAAAACCACACGAUUUCUGAAAUACAGCUCAUCAAAAUAAUGUGUGUCCUCAUUAUUUAGCUGCC